AUGAAAAUAAAAUCAGCUGUCAAUGCUGCUCCUUUAAAUGUGCUGUGGGACGGUGGUGCAACCAUUAGUCUGAUCACCUUUGCUAAAGCACGUGAGCUAAGUUUGGAUGGAGAGGAAAUUAGGCUGUCGGUUGUCAAAGUUGGCGGUGUCAAGGAAGAGAUGAGAUCAUCAGUAUACAAACUUCCCUUAAUCGAUGAAUCAGGGGAGACUGUCAACUUCCGCGUUUAUGGAAUUGAUCGGAUAUCCUCCCCUAUGGAGGGAAUUAACCUCAACGGCGUGAUGCAUCUGUUCCAAAACAUAAACAAGCAGGAGAUUCAGCGACCAAAUGGGGAAAUAGAUGUGUUGAUUGGUUAUGAGUAUGCAGGUUAUCAUCCUGAGCGGGAGCAAUCUUCUGGGCAUUUACUUCUGUUGAAAAACCGAUUCGGUCGUUGUCUGGGUGGGUCUCACACCAGUAUGGCAGAGAACACGCUUAAGCUUAUCCAGCAUGCUACAGUUCACCAUGUUGCGAGGAUAAACAUUGAAAAUUUUUUCGAUACUGAAUCUCUGGGCGUUGAAUGUUCCCCGAGAUGUGGAAGUUGUCGCUGUGGACGGUGCCCAAUUGGUGGGAAAAGCUUCACAUUGAAGGAGGAGCGGGAAUUAAAUUUGAUUGAGGAAGGAUUGACACAUGAAGGCGAUCAUUGGGUUGCGCGAUACCCUUGGAUUAGGAGCCCGGAUGAUCUGCCAAACAACAAAGAAGCAGCUUUGAGAAUGCUUGGGUCUACAGAAAAGAGGUUGCAGAAGAACAAACCGCUUCUGGAAACGUACAAGGAGCAGAUUCAGGAUAUGGUACAGCGAGGUGUUGCAAGGAAACUCGCACAAGCAGAAAUUGAAAACUAUGACGGCCCAGUAUAUUACCUAAGCCACCACGAG